AUGAAUAAAAAGACAUUACAAGCACAAGCUGAACUAGCUCGAGCACAACAAGCCCAAGCACAGGCACAAAUGCAAGCUCAACGAGCGGCAGCAGCUGGUCAAUUAGCCCCGGGAGGAAAUGGAGGAGGAAUCCCUCCACCCAAUGGACAAUCUCAACAUUCUGCCAAAGAAGAAACUCUUGGUGUUCAAUUACAUGAUGAAGCUGAUUUGAUUUCGUUUAGAAAUGAUGCAUUAUUCCGAUACAUAACCAAUCAUGAAUAUAUUGAAAAUGUGACGAGUAAAUUAAUUCAUACUUCAAAAAUUAUUCCUCCAAGUUUAUAUCCAAUGAUACCCAAACCUAAUACUAGUGGUGAUUAUGAGAAUUUGAAACCAGAAGAUGUAUAUUUUGGAGAUUUGUCAGCAAUGAAAUAUAUUGAAAAGAAAUUGAUAACAAAAUUAGAACAAAUGGAAAAAAAUUUGGAUCCCAAUUAUAGUAAAUAUUUAUUAAAUGAUGAAAGAUUUCAAUAUCAUCGUGAAAAGACCAAGAAAUUGGCAGAAUUACAAGAAAAUGUAACUGAUAAAGAAUCUCUAAAUACAUUAGAAUUAGAAUUGGAACAAAUUUUAAAUGAUUAUAAAACAAGAUUCAAUAAAAACUAUAAGGAAACACCUUCCAUUUAUCAAUAUUCAAUUUCAAUUGAUAAAAUUGAUCCACUGGUGGAAGUAAAUUCAGCACCUGAGAACUAUAAUCCCAAACUGAUUAAUUCAUUUAUUAAUAUAGGAGGUGAUACAAAUUCCAGCCAAAACAAUAUUAAUGGAAAUAUGCCAAGCCAAAACAAUAAUGGAGCAGUUUCGGAAAUGGGGAAUUUUAAUAAUAUUGAUAAUGGUGUUGAUGAUGAUGCUUUAGGAGGAUUCCAAUUUUCUAAUAAUAUAGAUACAUCUAAAUUUAAUGGGAUUAAUGGGAUGGCCAUAAAUCAAUUUGGUAAUAAUUUUGAAGUACCUAUGAAUAAUAAGCCCGACGCCAUUAAUAUCAACAACAACAACAAGAUAUUGAUAAAUAAAUCUGAUUCAGAUGGCAAUAUUGAGAAUAAUAAUAGUAAUAGCAGAUCCAACACGCCGUCCAAUAUUAACACCAAUAACAUUAACUCACAGGGGCCUUCUGAAAAUAUAAGUUCAAUCAACCAUAACACGUCAAAUAGUAUACCAAAUUACAGUACCAAUGGUAGUGAUAAUGAUAAUAUAGAGCAAGACGAUAUUAAUAUCGAUGAUGAGGGGGAUAAUAUAAUAAAUAAUGAUGAUGAUAAUAAUAAUAUUGCUAGCCCCAAUAGAAUUGAUAAUGAUGAAAAUGACAAUAACAAUGAUUCUAAUGGAUUAGAUAUGAAUCAAUUAUUUGAAGAUAAUGCACAUGCUGAUUUAGAUCAUCUGGAAAUGGUUAAUGAUGAUAUUGGAGAUCUUUAUAAUUUUGAAACUGGAGGUGGUGGUGAUGAUGAUGAUAAUGGAUUAAUGGAUGGAUUAGAAUUUGAACAAGAUUUUUUAAACUGA